UAGUGUGACAUCCGAAGGAAGUGAACCAAUAUAAGCUCCGGCGUUGGUCGCAACUUUUGAAUUCGCUGGAAGUUACUGUAGCGUCGCUAAUUAUUUAAUUUGUAGUUCAGCAACAAUGAGUUCAGUUGAGAGUUUGAGAGAGUUUGUCAGCGAGCGACUAACUGCUGCUGCUGAAGAAAUAUUCAGAGUUUUUAAAAACACUAUCGUCGAGUACGAGAAAGAGAUCGAUCGUCAGCGCAGACUGCUGGAUAUCGUUUGGAAACCCGAAAUAAAGUUACACAGGAUAGAGCUCCCACAGCAACAUGUCUGUAAGGAGGAGGAGGUUCUGGCUGGUCUGGACCAGGAGGACCCACAGCCUCCACAGGUUAAAGAGGAACAGGAGGAACUCUGGACCAGUCAGGAGGGAGAGCAGCUUGUAGUGAAGCAGGAGACUGACACCUUUAUGUUGAGUCCUACUCAUGAGGAAAGUGACCACAGUGAAGCAGAACUGAAAAGUGACCACCAGCUCCUCUCUCACAACUGUCAUGUAGCUGAGAGCCAAGAUCAGAAAGGAGGCGAGCAUGAAGACUCAGGAUCAACUAGAGAUGCAGAGCCAAAACAAAAGAAUCAAGAUCACAACAAGAGAAGCCCCAGAAACAAUGUACACAAGUCUACCAUGUCAGAGGUUCUCCAUGAUCCUCACACAGGUAAAAAGUCUUUCACAUGUGACACAUGUGGAAAAGAGUUUCAGUACAAGUUAGUAUUUCAGAAACACCUGAGAACCCACACAGAUGAGUAUCUUUGCAAGACCUGCGGGAAAAGAUUCAGUAACAGUUCAAGAUUUAAGCUCCAUAUAGGAACCCACACUGGUGAGAAGCCAUUUUCUUGUGAAACAUGUGGGAAAUCAUUUAGCCAGAGGGGUCACUUAAAAGUGCACACGAGAACCCACACAGGUGAGAAGCUGUAUUCUUGCAAAACAUGUGGGAAAUCUUUUAGCCGGAACGAAGGCUUGAAACUCCACAUGAGAAUUCACACAAGUGAGAAGCCGUAUUCUUGCAAAACAUGUGGGAAAUCUUUUAGCUGGAAGGAAGGCUUGAAACUCCACAUGAGAAUUCACACAGGUGAGAAGCCGUACCUUUGCAAAACAUGUGGGAAAAGAUUCAGAGAAAAGACAGCAUUUAAACAACAUACGAGAAUCCACACAGGGGAGAAGCCGUAUUCUUGUGGAAUAUGUGGGAAAUCUUUUAUCCAGAGGAGUUACUUAAAACUACACACGAGAACCCACACAGGUGAGAAGCCAUAUUCUUGUGAAAUAUGUGGGAAUUCUUUUAGCUGGAGGAGUUACUUAAAAGUGCACAUGAGAAUCCACACAGGUGAGAAGCCGUAUUCUUGCAAAACAUGUGGGAAAUCUUUUACCAGGAGGAGUUACUUAACAGUACACAUGAGAGCCCACACAGGUGAGAAGCCAUACCUUUGCAAGACCUGCGGGAAAACAUUCUGUUAUGCUUCAGCAUAUAAAACCCAUAGGAGAACCCACACUAGUAAGAAGCUGUAGCUAUGUGAGACCUACGGGACAAGAUUCAGUGUCACUUAAGCUUUUAAAA